AUGCCGGCAAGAUAUUUUUUUGUUAACUUCACUUCUAUGAAUUCCCAGUCGUACACCCCUGACUUGGCUAAAGACUUAAUUGUAGAAAUUGAUGGCAAAUCUAGCUCAAGUAAACACUGCAGAAUCUGGGUCAACAAGCUCGACAGAAAAGAUGGCACAUUUAUUGUCCGCUACAAACUAUAUGAAACCUGUUUAGAAUUAUCCAUUCAUAUUUAUUAUAAAAGAAAAGAUUUAAAGGGAUCGCCAUUUGUAUUUAACGGCCCUAUCUAUCCCGAUCAAUGUAAUUGUCCUCAGAAAGACUUAGAACAAUGGUUAAAAAAUUAUGAAUGUCCCACUUCCUAUGAACAAAUUGAUAAAGAUCUUAAACCAUUCCAUAAUUUAGAUAUAAGGAAAGAUAUUAAUACAAUCAUAAAAAAAUAUCAUCAACCUGAAAGCACUAGUUUUUGUCACUAUGCUGUAAAGGAUAAUGAAAUAUACAGGGAGUGUUACGGAAAACACAUUGGUUUUAAUAUGUUUUCUGAUAACAUCCUGCUAUCCCUAGCAAGAAAAGUUAAGUUGCCUAACAUGGAAAUAGUAAUAAAUCUUGGCGACUGGCCUCUUGUACACAAGCAAGAUGAUAUUUUGCCAAUUUUCUCAUGGUGUGGCAAUCGCGAUAAUUAUGAUAUCGUGAUGCCAACAUAUGAUUUAACAGAAUCUACAUUGGAAAACAUGGGAAGGGUGACCCUAGAUACAUUAUCGGUUCAAAGUGGGGCGGAGGUGCCUUGGUCGCAGCGUGAGACGCGAGCAGUAUGGCGCGGUCGAGACUCUCGCGCCGAGCGGUUGAAGCUCAUAGAUAUUGCUCGAGCAAAUCCAGAUUUAUUCAAUGCAUCGCUCACAAACUUUUUUUUCUUUAGAGAUAAAGAAGCUGAAUAUGGGCCAAAACAACCACACAUAUCAUUUUUCAAAUUUUUUGAUUAUAAAUAUCAAAUAAACAUUGAUGGAACAGUUGCAGCAUACCGUAUGCCAUAUCUAUUGGCUGGCGGUGGAAUGGUAUUAAAGCAAGAUUCGCCUUAUUAUGAACAUUUCUAUAGUCAACUUCAAGCUUGGGAACAUUUCGUUCCUAUUAAGCGUGAUUUGUCAGAUUUGGUGGAACGCGUCAAAUGGGCACAACAAAAUGACGAUAAAGCCCAACAAAUUGCUAUCAAUGCAAAGAAUUUCGCUAAUAAACAUCUACUGCCUAAGCACGUUAUUUGUUACCAUGCUGUAUUAUUUUGGGAAUGGAGUAAGAGAAUAAAAAAUGAAGCUGUCCUAACUAAAGGGAUGACUCACGUACCACAACCUGCAUUUGAGUGCGAUUGUAAAUAUCAGGCAAUUAAUAUUCGCGAAGAUCUCUAA